AUGGCAGCCCCAGGGCAACUGAACAUCAUUGAAUCACCUUCGCGUGGAUCUUGUAGCGUCGAUUGCUCUGAGAAGUUGGAGCAAAUCGGCGAAGGCACUUAUAGUUCUGUUUAUUGUUACUUUGUUUGUCCAGAGCAAUUAAACAAGAUUUUUGACCUGUGUGGAGGACCGGAUGAGGUGAACUGGCCUGGAGUUGCCAAGACUCCAUGUUACAAUCAGUUUAAGCCAACAAGACCGAUGAAAAGGCGAGGGAAGAUUUUAGACAGUAAGUAUCAGAUUACGAGCAUCAUUAUUCACAGGGCCGUUCCUACGAAUCCGGAGCUUCUCUCUCUUGACUUGAAUUCUAGUUUUGAUCGCCAUGCAUUGGAGUUGUUGGAGAAGAUGCUCACACUUGAUCCAGCUCAGAGAAUUCCUGCAAAAGGCCCACUUGAUGCUGAGUACUUCUGGAUUGAUCCAUUAACAAGUGAUCCCAAGAGUUUACCCAAGUACGAUUCAUCACAUGAGUUUCAGACCAAGAAAAAGCGUCAGCGGCAACGACAAAAUGAAGAAAAUGUCAAGCGUCUUAAAAUGCAGCAUCCACUGCAGGAUACUCGUCUCCCCCGAUUCAAUAGGGUGGACAACAUGGUCAAAUGCGGCAAGGUUCUACCCACCCUAUUCAUGGCUCUCAACCAGCAGUUGCUGCAGGACAUAGCCAUCAUUAUGGGAAGCCUCGAGGUCCCUCUGGUGGUCCAGGAUGGAACUGGUGGUGGUCCGCGUGGUGGAGGUGGCUUUGGAGUUGGAACUCCAAAUUAUCCUCAAGGUGGUCCUCCAUAUGGUGGAUCGGCUGCUGGUCAUGGGAAUCGCAACCAACAGUAUGGUUAG